CCACCGCUGCCCCGCGUGGCAGGAGCUCCCCGGUGCCCUGGAACGGAUGGGACGGAGAACGGACUCCAGAUAUAUGCCCCGCCCGCCUUGGAGAAGCUGUCCUUGGGCGGGCUGCUGCUUUAAGAGACGAUGAACAGAACAGACCUUGAACUACGCGCGUUUCCAGCAACAAAGUUACACUCGCAGCCACCGGCCGCUUGAACUUGCCCCUGAUUGCAGGAAUCGAACUCAGUUCGCUCUCACUCACCGCAGGCACACGACCGCACAGCGACCACACCAUGGCGGCGGGAACACCAUCAAACCCGAUCAAGAAGAUCCAGCUGGUGCGCAUCGCCCACGUCUGGUACAAGCACGAGAACGCCGAGGCGGCGAAGAAGUUUGCGCUGGACUUUGGCUUUGUCGAGACGGCCCAGAUCGGCAAGACCACCUUCUACCGGGGAUAUGGCACCGAGCCGUUCGCCCUCGCCAUCGAGGCGGCGGACAAGACCGAGUUCGGCGGAGCGGCCUUCGUCGUCGAGUCGGAGGAGGACCUGGUCCACGCAACCAAGAUCCUCCCCAAGGAGUGCAGGCCAACCGAGGUGCACGAGAUGAAGGACGUCCCGGGCGGUGGCAAGCGCGUGACCUUCUACGACCCCGUCGACGGCUUUCCCUUCCAUCUCGUACACGGCCAGACGCCAGUUGCAUUGGAGGAUCCAGGGUUCCCGCUUCUCAAGUUCAACUACCCCACCGAGAAGAACCGCGGCCCGAACCAGUUCCAGCGCUUCAAGAAGCGGCCCGCGCCGGUGCACAAGCUGGGUCACUUCGGCAUGUGCGUAACCAACUUCGCCAAGUGCUUUGAGUUCUACACGACCUACUUCAACUUCUUCCCGAGCGAGCUUGUGCACACCGAGCAGGGCGUCAACAACACCGUUUUCUUCCGGCUCGACCGCGGCGACGAGCUGGUCGACCACCACUGCUUCUUCUUCUUCGAGGGCCCCAAGAUGCACGUCCACCACUCGUCGUUCGAGACGCACGACUUCGACGCCCAAGUGCUGGGCCACGACUGGCUGCGUCACCAGGGGUACACCAACUGCUGGGGUGUCGGACGGCACGUCAUGGGGAGCCAAAUCUUUGAUUACUGGUUCGACCCCUCGGGCUUCAUCAUGGAGCACUACGUCGACGGCGACCUGCUGGAUAUGCGGGAACCCACGCACCACACCAAGGCCGCGCCGGAUAACUUGCAUGUUUGGGGACCUGAGGUGCCUGCCACGUUCCUGCAAUGAUUGCGCUCCAGCCGGAUGGCGUGACAGAAGGAGAGAUAUUUGCCUUGUGCGAAGGGCUUAGGUGCACGUUGAAUGAGAUCACGAGAAGAUGAGGCGGGCACCACAAUCAAUACUGCUGUUACCGAAAUGGCUGUCUCGAUAGCUACAUCAGAAAGCCCGACCAGCGUCUGUUCCAGCGAUAGGAAUCGGUAGGAAUAGCGUGUAGUAUGGCUUUCUGUAUCUGUAUUUCUCCGCAGCAGAAUCACCUUGAUUUUGAGAUUCAAAAUCCUCUUGGCUAUUAAAUUACUCCGGAGUGGAACAAUCAGCUGUCUGUCCC